ACCCACCGACACACCCACGGCUCUCACACGCGCACGUCACGUCAACGGUAUUAAAACAGUAGGUACACAUAAGAGCACCUAUAGGUAUUCUCUCCGCGAACACGGCCAGUAACAUAAUAUUAAGUAUACGGUUGACAUUGGGCAAACAAUCAGCGAUAACGAUUGCGACUACUCGCGUGCACACACGUUUUACCUGCGUGCAAAAUGUCAGCCAGUACACCCGGAGUUACGAGGAGCCGAGACUGUGGUGUUGUUGAAGAAGAUUGAAAGAAAAAAAGAAAAAAAAAACCUUCGGUGGAUAUUUGCGUGUACGUCAUACAUCUGUACGGAUCUCCCUACGAUUAAUGAAUCAAAGGAUAUGAGUGUGUAUAAAAAAGUGAGGAAGGAGACGCCGCGGGACGCAUCGCCGUCGUGAAUGUGAUUGUUGUCUUGCAAGCGCUAUCCGCCUGCAGGUGAAAGUCGUGCGUGCGUGUGUGUGGAUAGGUGUGCUGCGUAUAACAACGCGAGCAAGAGAGCGUCCGGAACUAAAUCACGAGCGCGGCCUUAUUUUUUCGUUCCUCCACAUGAAAGGCUCGCGCGCCCGUCCUGGACACCGUCAAACGCGACAACACACAUAGUGUGUAGCCGUCGCGUUUUUUUUUUAUUUUUUAUUUUUUAUUUUUUAUUUGUUUUUCCCAAGCUAUAUUUAUAACAGCCUGGACGCUAUGGAGGACUACAAGUUUCUCUUCAAAGUCGUGCUCGUCGGGAACGCCGGUGUCGGGAAGACCUGCCUCGUACGACGGUUCACCCAGGGCUUAUUUCCACCUGGGCAAGGUGCGACGAUCGGUGUUGACUUCAUGAUAAAAACUGUCGAAGUGGAAAACGAGAAAGUCAAGCUACAAAUUUGGGAUACAGCAGGACAAGAGAGAUUUCGUUCGAUAACUCAAAGCUACUAUCGUUCGGCCCAUGCAUUGAUACUCGUCUACGAUAUUUCCUGUCAGCCAACUUUCGACUGUUUGCCAGAUUGGCUCAGGGAAAUCGAAGAAUACGCGAGUAACAAGGUCCUGAGGAUACUGGUAGGUAAUAAAAUUGAUCGGGAAGACAGGGAAAUACCAACUCACGUGGGCGAAGACUUUGCCCAGAGACACGGCAUGUAUUUUUUGGAAACCUCGGCCAAAGAAGCCGAAAACGUCGAAAGAUUGUUCAUGGAGAUCGCAGCGGAACUUAUGGAGCAAGCUCGUUGCAAGGAACUGCCGCGAUACGAACAAAAUUCGACAUCUAUAAAUGGAAAAACAACGACAAUAGGUGAUACCAACAGUUGCGGAUGUAGCAGACUAUCUUGAACGUGGCGCUUUUUCAGAUUUAUAACGAAUUUUUAAAUGAAAAAAAAAAUGAAGAAAAAAAACACGAAAGUUUUUUAUAUACUCGUGAAUUAAAUGAAAUCAACUACUAGCUGGAGGAAAAUACUAGUUGGUUGAUCGUUUGAUUUUGUGAUCCUUUAAAUGUGUUGCAGUUUUAUUAUGAGUUGUUCCUGUGUAUUGGCAACGUUACUGUAUUUAAUAAGAAGUUUAUGGUGAGGAGAUUUUAUAAAUUUUAUGUUUUUGUGGCGAUACCCGGUUUAUAGUCAAUUAUACGAAACGUUAAUACUUUAUAACAAUAUGAUAUUAGAAAAUUUUCUAAAAAAGUAGUAAUAUUAAUAAUGAUGAUGAAGAUGAUGAUGAUAGAACAAGGAAAAUGUGAAUUCUUUUUCGUUAGUAUUGUUUUAACUGAAUCUAAUUUACAACGUAGUUGGCAAAUGGUGAAAUUUUAAUUUAAUGAAAUAGUCAUUUAAAUAUACUCAAGUUAUUGAAUUUUUAUUUUAGAACUUUUCUAGUCUAUGCGAAACUUGGUGUUGGCUUAUAGUUUAAUUAAGUACUGUAUAAAUAUUUUUUACUUCUGACAAUCUUUGGGAAUACGUCCUUUUUAUUUUCAAGACAAUGUUGUAUUUGCUUUCGAAAAUUAGUUAGUACAAUGUUAUUGACACUGAUACUAGGCUUAAGAAAGUUUUUCUGUUAAUACCACGAAAUUUUAUUUAUGUGUUUACGUACUUUCACACCAAUUGUAUUAUUAUGUACAAAGAGACGAAAGGUUGUUUAGUUUUAAGCAUCUUACAGUAAGAAUAAUUGAGCAUUAUUAAAUAUUUAAUUACUCUUUAAAGUAUUUUCAGCAUUUUAUGAGGUCUAGGUAUAUAAACAAUAAGAAAAAUUUAAUAGGCAAAGGAUUUUACAAGUCACAUAUCAAUCGACCGAAAAUGCUUUUCCACGAUUUUUCACUCACAAACUCGUUCAUCAUUAAAAUAAAAAUAUAAUAUAAGUAUUAAGUCACUUGUAUAAAUGUACUUCUUAACAUUUUUCCCGUUGCAGUUGGAUACCAUCGAGAUUAUGUUUUGGAGAUAUUGCUUUUAUAUGUUAAGUUUUUUACCAGUAAGAUAUUAUAGUAAUAAAUUAAAAUACGAUGAAAGAUUUGUUAGAAGUGAAGAUGGAAGCAAUGGAGCUGAAUUUUGAAGUUUUACGAUUUGAUAGUGCAUAAAAAUAAAGUCUUAAUAAGUAAAA